UACAAGCCGCCUCUGGAGGUGAACGACCUGUUCGAGGACAUCAAGGAUGGGGUGAAGCUUCUGGCUCUGCUGGAGGUUCUGUCCGGACAAAGACUGCCCCGUGAGCAGGGCCGUCAGCUGAAGAGGAUCCACUGGGUCUCCAACAUCGGCACAGCGCUCAAAUUCCUGGAAGGCAGGAAGUCUCUGUAUCGAGGAUCUCCGAUCAAACUGGUGAACAUUCACGCGACCGACAUCGCAGACGGACGCCCGUCCAUCGUCCUCGGGCUGAUAUGGACCGUCAUCCUCUACUUCCAGAUCGAGGAGCUGACCAGUAACCUGACCUCCCUGCAGCCCCUCUCCACCAGCAGUUCCUCAGUGGAGAGCAGUGAGGCCGGCAGCCCCCCACCCAUGAAGAGGAAGGUGGUGCAGCGUUUCCAGGGCGGCGCCAAGAAGGCCCUGCUGAGAUGGGUUGAGAGCACCGCCGCACA